CAUGCCGAAAACACUGUAGUUGAUAGCGACGCCAUUGUUGAUGUGCGUGGUGCGUGUUCUCUCUCGGUUUGUUGCGGUUCGAGACGUGCUUGAUACAGUGAUUCCCUAUGUAGCCUGGAUCCGAGCUCACGCUUGACUAGACGCGGUCCUUGCGGACCUUGUCACGGAACUGUCUGAAAGGAAAAGAACAGAGCGCCCCGAUAGACCAUGUCUGGGCGCCCGUUCCGCGGCGGCCGGCGAGGUGGCGGAUUCUUUCCAAGGGCCCCGUACCGCGGUCGGGGCCGGGGUUUUAGGGGAGGGGGAUCGUACGAGGGACGUGGUCGUGGUCGAGGUAGAGGCAGCUACGGGUACAACAAACGUUACGACGAUGAUCGAGACCGGGACCGAGACAGGUACAGCCGGGAUCGCUAUUAUUCGAGGUCGCGCUCCCGGUCUAGAUCGCGUUCUCGGUCGCGGUCUCGCUCGAGAUCUUACUCCAGGUCGCGGUCCCGCUCCCGCUCUCGCUCCAAGACACCGCCAACGCAGAGAGAGUCCAGGGCGCGAAAGAUCCCCACCAAGAAGGAACUGCAGGAAAUUGCCGCAGCUGUCACAAAGUCGAUAGUGCAGGAGAAAGAUCAGCGGAUAAGGUCAAAGACACCUGUGAGGACGCGGUCUGGCUAUGCGGAUUCACCACCAGCAUUGGCCAGCACGCGCCGAAGCUUGAGCCCCAUCAGAGGAGAUGGUGGAAACAGUCCGUACUCCUCUUCAAGGGACUACCCGGUGUCCAGGCCCAAGACCCCGUCGUUCAAACAGAAGGAUUUGUCAGGGGAUGCAGGCUUCAGGCCCAAGACCCCGUCGUUCAAACAGAAGGAUUCGUCGGAGGAUGCAGGCUUCAGGCCCAAGACCCCAUCGCUCAAACCGAAGGAUUCAUCGGGGGAUGGAGGCUUCAGGGCCCAGCUGCUGGAGCUAGCCUUGAAGGAGAAACAGAAACUGGGUCUUGACAAGUUGGAUUCACCCCGCAGCUCCAGUUCUGCACUGAAGGCAAUACAGGGAUACUCUGGGGCACGGUCACCAGAGGAGUCUGACCAUGAAGAGGAGCCGGUCGCAAAGGACCUGUAUGAUGACUUGCCAAAGCCACUGUUUCCAAUAUCUAAUAAAGGUAGCACAGAAUCUGCGUGGAAGGCAGUAGGAAGCAAGCAAGGGUCGUCCUCGGAGACACGGAAGAAGCCCAUUGAUGACAUCUUCUCCGAUGUUGAUGAAUAUGACUCACGGCGCGAUGCCUGGGAUGACCGCAGGGAUGGUAAGGGCAGUGGCCUACGUUUAGAUCGCCGUUCUGAUUCGCAUUCCGAUUCACAUCGGCCCGACUCACGCUCAGACUUGUACGGAGACCUGCUGUCAGAGAGCCACGCCAGUUUGCGAAGUGAAUCGAGAUUUCACUCAGAGGACAGCAAAAGCCAACGACAGUCAUCCACAUUGAUCCCAGGUCUUGGCAUUGAUGAAAACAUCGAUGAUGAAGACGCAUUUCUUUACGGUGACGAAGCUCUCACCACAGGGCGCCCACCAUCUGUGCCAGAGAGGCGCCCUGCACAGGAGAAACAGCCUUUCAUGGAGGAGAGGCGCUCUGCACAGGAAAUGCAGCCUUUCAUGGAGGAGAGGAAGAAACACCUAACGCAGGAUUCGUGGAUGUCAGCGCCCCAGCGGUUCGGAGGAGGGCCUUCCCCACCAGAGGAGUCCGACUUGACCAUAGACUUGAAACUUCCUUUUGAUCGCCGCAAAACUGCCGAGCCGGCACGGGCUGGAAAGGCGUUUCCGGACAGCAGGCCGCAACAACAUCUGGAGCAACCGCCUCCCCAGAGAGGUGGCCGACGUGCUGCAGAUCGCUUUCCGGAUGACCGGUCGCCCAUGGAGUCAUGGAAGUCGUUGCAGCGGCAUAGGACGCCAUCACCUGAACUGAGUCCACCACCCUUAUCGAGGACAUCAAAGCAGUCAUCAAAGCAGUCAAUGCUGGGCUACAGUUCCAUAGAGUCCAUGAAGCAGGAGCUUCGUGAACUCAAGAUGAUGCUCAGCAGGGAGAAGGAAGCCAAGGAAGAAAGCUACGAGCGCAAAAGGCCAAGGACGCCCUCUGACGCGGGCUCCUACGGCCGUGGAGGCCGCAGCCCGAGCCCCGUCAAGCGCCGUCGGGACAGUUACUCCCCGAGCCACCGGCGGCGUGGGCGGAGCCCUGCCGACAGCUACCGGCGGCCGUCGCCCCCUUCGUACCGCCGGGAGCGACGUGAGAGCCCCUACUACCGCGGUGCUGCAACACCAUCUGCCCGCCGGUACUCCCCGUCGCCAGUCAACAGUCUCUCACCGUCUUCGGACAGGUCCAUGGGAAAGCGCUGGUCGCCAAGCCCGCCACCGAGGACACCGCGACACAGGAGGCAGGAGGGCCGGACUCCGGGUCGCCGAUGGAGUCCCGAAAGUCCACAGCUGCGGCCACGGCGAAGCAGCCUAGAGCGAACUCCCAAACACCCGUCAUCGCAGACGCCAUACUACCAGGGAUCGUCACAACAGCCUGCCCAGCCCCCGUACUAUGACAGUGGCCAGCCCUCGGGGCCGCCCUUGGUACCACCACCAAACUUGUCUGUGCCCCCACCAAAUUUUCCCAUGAACGCGCCGCCUCCCCAGGCAGCGCCGUACUUCGCAGGAUACCCUCCACCUGCGCAGGCACCACCGGACUACUCUUACCCCCCUCCGCAGGCGCAGCAGCAGCAGCAGACGAUGCGCUCCAACCUUCGUGUCGUGCCACUCCAGAGUGCCAUGGACGGAGCCGUGUCUUCUGCGAAAGAUGAUAGGUGUUUCUCGCCUGCUAAUGUCAAGCAGGACGAGAAGUUGACGCCGAACAAGCUGCCUCCAGUCACUCAGGAGGAGAUCGACAACUACCUGCGGCUUGUAGAGACCAAGGAUAGCCACAGGGAUAAGCUCAACCUCCUCAAGCAGGAGCUGGUUCGUCUCGGCAAGAUCCAGAAUGAGAUAAUGCGGCGACGUCAACACAAACGGGACGGCCACAGGGAUCCCUUGUUGCUGGAGAGCAGCAGCAUGUACGAAGAUGUCAAGAAGCAGGUGAUGGAGGUGAACAGCAACAUGGAAGAUGUGUCGCGAAAGAUCUUCAAGGUCUCGCAACGUGUGAAGAUGGAGGCCAUUGCCUACAAGAAACAGCAGGAGGAAGAGGCAUUGGCUGCCGAGAGCCCGGACACGGCUGGCAUCAAGUUUGUGUAUGAGGAUCCACGAGACCAUUGGUGCCAGCAGUGCAAUGUGGUGGUGCCAACAAUGAACGAUAUGUUUCGCCAUUUGCACUCGCCCAAGCAUAAAGAGGCCACACCAUCUCAUGAUCGACCGUGGGCUGAGAUUGAGAAGCCAGUUCCCGCAAACCAAAAAUUCCACCGUACGAUUGUCUCAACUGUCAAAGGUGUUCAGUUCCUGGUUGGCAUCUCUGGCUAUUACUGCAAGCUCUGCAAGGUGAUGAGUGGAGAUUCGGCCAUGGCCCGCACCCACUUGCACAGCUUUGAGCACAACCAGAACUACACGAAAUACAUUCUGCUGAAUCCAGUCUACGAGCGUCGGUGGAAGAUGGAAAAAGACAUUGCUGUUGGUGCUGCCGUUAAGGAAGAAAAGGAUAAACAAGAAAAAGAUAAGGAAAAAGAUAAGGAGAAAGACAAGGAGAAGCAGGAGAAAGACCGCGAAAAGGACAAGUCGAGGUCACGCUCACGCUCUCCAUCUGGUUCCUCAAAACGGCACAAGUCAAACCGUAAAGAAGAGCAAGAGAAGAUACGACGAAAGAAUGAGGAGCUGCAAAAGGCAGAGCGUGAGAACAGUCGUUCAGUUAAGGAAUUGGACGACGCUGAAAUGAGUACAAAGAAGGGCGCGAAGGCCAGCUCACCGCCACCUUCCAGGCUGACUUCAGGCGGAAGUGGCAUCAAGCUUAAACUUCUGAAGGGCCAGAAAAUGCAGAAGCAACCAGCUAAACAGACUCCAGUUGUGAUAAUUGGCAAGGCACCGUGCUUCCGGCCGUCAUUCCUAUCUGGAAAGUCUAAAGUAGGAUCGGCUUCUAACACAACCACAAAGCAAGAGGAAAGCAAGCCGUAUGGUCCUGCUCUUCCACCGAAUUUGGCUUCGGCUUCAGCUGCAGACCUCGUGGAGGAGGCUAAGAAGAAUGAAGCAGCCAUGGAGAUCCCGCUUCCCACUUCUGCCUCAGAGGCUUCCGCCCAGGUGCCCACGACGACCAGUGCGGCCACAGUCAAGCCGCCCUCGACUCCGACACCAUCUGUUACACAAGCUCCACGCAAGCAGGCCCUGAAGUCUGGAGUUGUGGCCAAGGUCACUUCACUGCCAAGCGUGCCUGGGGCCAGCAUGACCGAGGAAGACAUGGACCUGAAGCUUCUUGGCAUUGAGCGGGAUGAUAUUCAGCCAAUCGCUCCAGUGAAGCCGCCACCAGCGUAUGGUCCAGCGCCACCCCCACCGGUACAGCUGCCAAACCUGUCUGUGCCACCGCCCAUGUUCCCGGUGCCGCCACCGAAGCGGACCUUGUUGCCACCACCGCAGUACCUGGCCACUGUGCCACCACCAACUCUGGCACCCUUGAAUGUACCGCCACCCACAGCUACCUUGCAUGUGAGGCCUCAUUUACUAACCCAUGGCAGACCUUUUGUGGAAAAUGCUGGCUACGUCAAGCCCAACAACAACAGGGUUACGUGUAACACAGUGGUGCCCCUGCAAGUGUUGCGGCUGCCGCCUCCGCCACCACCAGAUGAGCCGGAGCCACCAGCAGUGCCAGUGACACCAACAGGAAACGCAGCUGUUCCGACACCCACCACCCUCACUCCCUUCCAGAAGGCUGCACCCACCAGUGGUGCAACACCCACUGCUAAAGAGCCCCAGGAGCCGACGCAAGCUGCUGAACGUUCCAUUGACUCCAGCAAUGGGAAAGACACGAGUGCCACAACUACCGAAGCAGCUGCAAAGUUGGAGGAAGCCAGUGCAGGUGAUGUUAAGCCUGCAACUAUUGUGAUUGAUGCAAAGGCCAUUGAGCCACCUACUGAAAAUGUGAAACCAAAAGUAGAUGUGGACGUGAAGUUAAGCGCCACAACUGCUGAAGCAGCUGCGAAGUUGGAGGAAGCCAGUGCAGGUGAUGUUAAGCCUGCAACUAUUGUGAUUGAUGCAAGGGCUACCGAGGCACCUACUGAAGGUGUGAAACCAAAAGCAGAUGUGGACGUGAAGUUGAGCGCCACAACUGCUGAAGCAGCUGCAAAGUUGCAGGAAGCCAUUGUAGGUGAUGUUAAGCCUGCAACUGCAGUGAUUGAUGCAAGGGCUACCGAGCCACCUACUGAAGGUGUGAAACCAAAAGCAGAUGUGGACGUGAAGUUGAGCGCCACAACUGCUGAAGCAGCUGCAAACUUGCAGGAAGCCAUUGCAGGUGAUGUUAAGCCUGCAACUGCAGUGAUUGAUGCAAGGGCUACCAAGCCACCUACUGAAGGUGCGAAACCAAAAGCAGAUGUGGACGUGAAGUUUGCUACUGCUGCUGACGUUGCGAAACCAGAAGCAGAAGAUGCGGACGUAAAGGUUGCUACUGCUGGUGAUGUUGCGAAACCAGAAGCAGAAGAUGUGGACAUGAAUGUUGCGAAACCAGGAGCAGAAAAUGCAAACAUGAAGGUUGCUACUGCUGCUGAUGUUGCCAAAUCACAAGCAGAAGAUGCGGACAUGAAUGUUGCUACUGUUGCUAAUGUUGCGAAACCAGGAGCAGAAGAUGUGAACGUGAAGGUUGCUACUGCCGCUGAUGUUGCGAAACCAGAAGCAGAAGAUGUGGACGUGAAUGUUGCUACUGCUGCUGAGGUUGCGAAACCAGAAGGAGAAGCUGCAGAUGUGAAGGUUGUUGCUACUGCUGCUGAUGUUGCCUCGGAGAGUGCCGCUCAGCCUGUUGCAGAGCCGGUCAACAAAGCUGUGGCAACGAAGCCAUCAGAGUCAUCACAAGGUGAAGCCUCGCAGUAUUAUGAACCUCAUGAAGUGACAUCGCCUGAAGGAGUCGCACCAAUAUCCUCAGACAGUUCACUUGCCAUAAGCAAAAGCUGUGUGGAUGCAACCAUGGCUGAUGUUCCUAGCUCUGCCGCCGAUAAUGAAGGUGGCAAGGCCGAAGAGAAGUUUGAAGUCUGUGUGAUCUCCCAACAGCAGGUCUAUGCCAAUGUUUCCCUUAGUCAUGAGAGUGAGGCAGCGCCAUGCUUUUCUGUUCAGACAGAAGCCCCAGAAGCUAAUGCUGAACAAGCCACCGCUAGCUCCACAGGUGAGAAGGCCUUGGAACCAAAUGAGAACACGCAACAGCUGCAUAGCAGAGAAACCAGCGAAGCAGGAAAUAUGCAAGUUACAGAGCAGUCUGAAACUAGCAGUUGUAGUUCUGCUUUGCAAGGGCAGCAAAUGGCAGCUGUUGUAUCCAUUGAAGCUAACAAAGUAGACGUAACUGAAGGCAGCGGCUCAAGUUUACUAAACAUUUUAGGAACAGGGAGUGAGGGACAGUGUCAUACAACACCCUCUUAUGACUCAGAAAAAGUCGCCUCUAAUUUGUCAGAGAGUGAUCUGUUAAGUUGUGAUUUUAGCUUGCAGGCUGGUCCAGCAUCAACAGGAACAGGCCAGGAAGCUGUAUCUGCUGAAACUAAAAGCACUUGUUCUCAACCUGAGGAGCUCUCGGCAGGCAAGAAGGUGACUGCAGACUUUAGCUUGGAUGACAAGACUGACACUGUUGAAGAUAUGUCAAAUGUUAAAAAUGAAGCAGAGAACAUUGUACAAAGUUCAGGUAUUUUAAAGGGCGAGACAUUGAUUCCAGAAGUCCAGAAUUUUGAGGGCGAUUCAUGUUCAAGUGCUGCCACUGAGAUUGAGGACAAUAUUUCAAGUGGAAUGGACGUCAACUACGGUGACAGUGAGGAACCUUUCAUUGGAGAGGAUGAGAUGCUUCAAGAAGAGAGUACAAUGCUCGCUACCAAAGUGGAAGAGCCGCCACACAAGGACACUGAAGGGCUCAUUGUUGCAGAUGUAUCAGAAAAUGAUGUAGUCAUGAGCGAAAAUGUUGCUUUAAAAUGUGGAGAUGGUACAAGUGAGCGUGAGACUUAUGCAGAUCUACCGGUUGGUAAUGUCGAAGGCAGUGAAGAAUUCGUUCAAAAUAUAGAGGCAGCCAGUGCCACCAGCUGCACACAGUUGGCUAUGGAAGAUAUCACUACGGCACAGUUUGUUGAAUGUGAAGAAGAAGCAAGCACUGUAAUGGAAGAGGAGGAAGUGUUGAACAGCGUAGCCAAAGCAGCAGAACACGCAGAACACAUGGCCGAUGCAAGCGAAAGCUGCCUAGAGUUUGGCAGCAUAAGAGAGACAUUUGGUUGCCAAGCUGAUGCUGAGGUCCCAUUUGCGUCCUUUGACGAGCCGUCCUCCGCAGGAGAUUGCUCUGUGCCUGUAGUGACAACACUGGGCCUGGACAGCCUUCUGGACGACUGCCCAGACUGGAAAACUGCCAUUUUGGACGCUACUGACACCCUCGACGACAGUAUGCCUGGGGAGGGCCUCUUUAACAGCGCCUCUGUUUCAGCGGAGCCACUGGCCAAUGCGGUGGCUGCGGGGGAUGUGGUUCGAGACAGUGCAAGAUCUGAAGACAACAAGCUCAGCGACGGAGACUUUGAGCCGAGCAGCCAGCUGCAGCCAGAUUUGGGUGAAGUGCCACUCGAAGAUGCGUCACUAGGUGCUGCUGAGCCAGUGCUUGAUGACGCCAAAGCUUCUACUGAAGCUCUUAAAGGGACCCUGAAACAAUUUUGACGAUUUUGUACAAGCGUACUGAGUCAUUAGGAUGAAUGUGUCCUGGAUGGAGACUUCGCGGUGGUGGAUGAAUGCUCGGACGACGUGGCGCCUAAUGAAGACGACGAUGACUGCAUGGUUGUCAUGGAUCAAGCAUGAAUUGGGGACAGACUGUUCUCUGUUGUUUUUUCUUUUCAUUGUUUUUUAAAGCAUUUCUUACAUUUAUUUUGUUAUGUCAUUUGUUACUGCAUACAUGGUGCAUUUGUUUUAAUUUCCUUUGCUAGUAAACACAUGAAUUACUCCUUGCCUUCAGUCAGCUAUGUGUGAUUGCAGUUCUGUACAACCAGUUUUCCCUUUUGUGAUCCCCUCCUGAUUGUGUAAUAUGCCUUUAAUGCAUUCAAUAAAGACAUUCUACUAAGAGC